AUGUCAAGUUUUCACAAUAGUCACAAUAGCGAGGUUCAUUCUCCCAGAAUCAAACCAAAAUUAACAGAAGAUCAAAAAUUCCAUCUCAUCAAUCAAUUCUUCGUUAAAAAACUAAAAUUUCCGACCCUCACUAAUGCAAUCAUAGAUGAAGCCAUCAGUCAAGAUUUUAUGCCAUUCGAUGAUAAAGAUAAAAUCUUGAGAGAUCCCAAUAAACUAUCUAUUUUCUUCUUGAAACUGGAUCCUCAAUCUCCUCGAACAAAAGAGGCCUUGAAUAAAUUAGAUUUAGGUGAGAAUGCAUGUCACAUAUUUACAUUUUAGCAGUUUCAAAUGCCAGAACUUCAUCCCAUUCAAAAUCUAAUAAAUUAUAUGAACUAUCUCACUGAAAAGUAUAAGGAAUUGUUGCGUAUAGUGAGUACAAGAAAUUCGAUUAAAAAACAAGAGAAACUAUAGAAAUCAAAAAAUAAACUCAACAAAUCACACACUCAAUAAAAUACCUCAAGUAUCUGUCUCCAUUUCAUCUAUCAGGCUUCCUCACUGAUGGCGGUGCUCUAGUCAUACCCACAAAGUUGACCACUAUCAUGUCAAAAUCAUUCAACACUCGUUCUCUCGAUUUCUUAUAGACUUCCUUCGAAGAGAGACUGGAAAUGCAAGCCAAGAAAAGUUAGGAAUACCUACAAACUCUUAGUAGAUACAAAUAAUUGGAAGAAGAAAAACUUAAAUCCUUGCAUGAUUAUUAUCAACAAAAAGUUCCUAUCAUGGCCAAAAAGGUAGAAGCUGUCAAACAAAUGAAUAAAAUGUAAUAAAUCAAAAUGUUACCUUAGAAAGCAAUAAGAACGAAAGAAAAUCUUUCAAGAUCGUUAGAAGAGGACUCUCGAAAAAAUACACGAAUUAGAGACUAAAGACAGAGAAUAAAGGAUCAAAGUACAGGAAUAUCUGAACAAGAAGCAAGAAAUCACUCAGCAAAAUAAAAUUCAAUUUGAUUCUUAGCAUAAUCAAGAAUUGAAAGAACAACUAGAGAGAAAUCAAAGGAAGGAAGAAGAGAGAAAAGAAAAGAAGAAACUAGCUAUUUAUAUGGAAGAUCAAUAGAUUGAAUAGAUUAUGGAGAAAUAAAUAGAGAAGGAUUAUAUGACUGAGUAAAUACUGUCAAAAUUAAAGGAUGAAAUCAAUUAAAAGAGACAAUUGAGUCUUUAGAAGUAAGAAUAAGCACAGUAGAAGGUAAUAUAAACUCAGAUUGAAUAUCAAUAAAAUAAGCUUGAAUAAUAUAUUAAAUUUGCUGAUUUGAGUAAUAAAAUGGUUGAAGAGUAAAUGUUAAUCAAGAAUGCAUAAUUAGGACAAGUAAAAACUAAAUUAGCUACUUAAUUUAGAAGAGUGAAGAAAAACAAAGAAAAAUUGAAUAGUUUGUUAGAAUAGAAAAUAGAGAUCAUAAAGAAGAAGGAAAAUGAUAAAAGUAUAGUUAUUUGAAAUCAAAUUAGAUAUUUCAGGUAGAUUGCAGUCAAUUCAAUCAAGUAUCGAUAUUAAAAUCAAAGAGUAAUCUGAAAAAAAUAAGAUGAGAUUGUAAAGAGCCUUAAAUAACACAAGAGCAUUUGCAGAAGAGAAAGAAGUAUAUAGUUAAACCAUUAAUAGAGAGAACAAUAAAAGAUAAUUGAUAAAAUGAUGGAAGAAAGUCUAAAAUAAAAGCAUCUCAAAAGUAGAAAAGAAUAAUAUAGCUAAGCCAUUUUAAAAUAGCAUUUACUUGAAAGAUAAAGUGUUGAUAAAAUAGUAUGUUAAUGA